ACAGUCUAAUAUGACUCAUAUUUGGAAAGCAGUAACUGAAAGCACUUGAAGGUUUCGCAGCAACUUUUGAGACAUUUUAAAACUUAAUUUCCAAGUGUAUGCUGCAGUAAUGGCACCGAUACUUCUGAACCACAUGGGGAAUGAGGAGGAUGAGUAUAUAAAAGAACAGGUCCAAGUGAACAAUCCCAAUUUGGACACCAUGGAAGAGGACAUUCUUUACCACUUCAGCCUGAGCACUAAGACUCACAACCUCCCUGAAAUGUUUGGAGAUAUUAAGUUUGUGUGUGUUGGUGGCAGUGCAAACCGAAUGAAGGCUUUCGCCCAGUUCAUCCAUCAGGAGCUGAAACUGCCAGGGAACCCAGGAGACGUCAAAGAUAUCUGUGAGGGAACUGAUCGCUACUGCAUGUACAAAGUGGGACCAGUUCUCUCUAUAAGUCAUGGCAUGGGAGUCCCAUCAAUCUCCAUCAUGUUGCAUGAGCUCAUCAAGCUCCUGCACCAUGCCCAGUGCCGUGAUGUGGUUUUGUUUCGCCUGGGAACGUCUGGUGGAGUCGGUCUGACUCCAGGGACCGUGGUGAUCACGGAAAAAGCAGUGGACUACUCUUUCCGCCCCCAGUUUGAACAGGUCGUUCUGGGUAAAGUUAUCACCAGGAACACUGAGCUGGAUGAGGGAGUGGCCAACGAGCUUCUGCAGUGCUCUUCUGAGCUUCAAACUUUUCCAACAGUGAUCGGAAACACCAUGUGCACCCAUGACUUCUACGAAGGUCAGGGCCGACUGGAUGGAGCUCUGUGCUCCUUCUCUCAAGAAGAGAAACUGGAGUAUCUGAGGAAAGCUUAUGAGGCCGGAGUGAGGAAUAUUGAAAUGGAGUCCACUGUUUUUGCUGCUAUGUGCCGUGUCUGUGGUCUCAAAGGAGCUGUGGUAUGCGUUACAUUGCUGAAUCGCUUUGAGGGGGACCAGAUCACAUCAUCCCAUGAUGUUCUGGUGGAAUAUCAGCAGAGACCUCAAAUCCUGGUGGCCCAUUUUAUCAAGAAACGCCUGGGAUAUAUUAUCUAACAACCCAGUCGCCCUGUAGCAUGUACAUAGUUUUGACUCGUGGAUAUGUAUAUAUAUUGUACUUAAAAUGUUAAUACUGAAAUAUUUAAAAGUUAUACAUUAAGAUUUUUUUAUGAUUUAUUUGACACUAAAAUAUUAAGCGUGUUGCAUGUAUGCUUAUAGAGUAUAUGUGUAAGUAUGUAUUAUAUCUACUAUAUUUAUCCAGAAAUAUAUACUUGUAAAAUCUUCAAAAUGAUAUGUUCUGUAUCUUGAUCUCCAUGUUUAUCUCUGCCGAAGCUGGAAUUACAGUCCAGCAAGAAA